UGGACACGCCCUCAUCUCCUUCUUCCCUCUUCCCCACUUCCUCCUUGUGUACCCGCCGCCUCUCUCCUCCGCCGACUGCGCUCACCUCCUCCCUUGAGCGCGUAUCCCUAGGGCGAUCUUCUUAGCGAUAUAGUUUUAACGAUCAUUUAUCAGCGAUCCUUCUUGCCACCGCCAGUCGAGCUGAUAUAGGGUUCUGUUAUAGGCGGUUCUCGUUAUAAGAGAGCCCGAUGGGGGCGAACGUGAGUCACGCGGCGGCUGCGCCAUCGGCCCCUCCGCCUCCGCCAAUGGCGCCUGCGGGAAUCCCGCCGCCCCCCGCGGGCCCGGUCGGCUUGCAGCAGGUCGUUCCGCCGGCUGACGCGGCGGGAAACGCGGAGAAGGCUCCGGAGAAAGUGGACUAUCUGAAUUUGCCGUGCCCCGUUAAAUACGAGGAGAUCCAACGAGAAGCACUUAUGUCCUUGAAGCCCGAUCUCUUCGAGGGUCUCCGCUUCGACUUCAACAAACCACUCAACCAGUCCUUCUCACUCUCGCACAGUGUGCUGAUGGGCAGCGCCGAGGUGCCGUCUCAGUCCGGGGGCAUUCUCAAGGUGCCGCACUCGUCGUACGAGUUUGGAGCCAACGUGCUCGACGCCCAGAAGAUGCUGAUUGGUCGGAUGGCGGACGGCAGGCUGAGUGCGAGGGUGAGCUACCAGCUAAGCGACAGCCUGGCGGUCAAGGUCAACGCGCAGAUCGUGAACGAGGCGCACUUCUCUCAAGGGAUGUUCCAGCUCGACUACAAGGGCUCGGACUACCAGGCGCAGGUGCAGGUGGGCAACAACGCGUUCUACGGAGUGAACUACAUUCAGAGCGUCACUCCCGCACUGUCGCUGGGGGGGGAGGCCUUCUGGCUGGGCCACCAGCGGCGGUCAGGCGUUGGCUUUGCGGGGCGCUACAACACAGAUAAAGUGGUGGCAACAGCACAGGUGGCGAGCACAGGAGUGGUGUCCAUGACAUACGUGCAACGGGUGUCCGAUAAGGUGGCGCUAGCAGCGGACUUUUUGCACAAUUGGAACAGCAAGGAGUCGGCAACGAGUGUGGGAUACGACUACAUCCUGCGACAGUGUCGGCUGCGGGGGCGGCUGGACACCAACGGCUGCGUGGCAGCGUAUUUGGAGGAGAGGCUCAAUCUGGGGGUUAAUCUCCUCUUCUCCGCUGAGGUGGAUCAUUGGAAAAAGGACUACAAGUUUGGCUUUGGCAUGUCUGUUGGAGAAUAGCCUGUGACGCGUAAAUUCAACUUCCCAACCCAACUCAACGCCUCCUGUUCAACCAAGCCUCUGCAACUUCUAGGCAAUAUUGAUACAGACAAGACGCCUGCUGUUCGUUAUGCAAUAUCGUCGAAGCUCUAGACCAUAGGAUGGAGGUUGGAAUUGUGGCCCAUCCAUGAAGCAAAGCAAUGCUGAAUCGAAUUCAGUUUUUAGCGUUAAUUCGGAUGUAGUGAUGUAGCCCCGCAGCGUAUAAUGGGUCUGACCAGUUUCCUUCCA